AUGGCUUUGGUCCAUGAUUUGGCCGAGUCUGCCAUAGGGGAUAUUCCGACGUUCGCAGGAGUUGCAAAGGAACGUAAAUACGACAUGGAACGCAAUGGCUUCCAAUAUUUAGACAACUUGCUCCAAACUUACAGUCCGAAAAGAGCAACAGAAAUCAGCGAGUUAUGGCUAGAAUAUGAACAAGGCGAAACACCAGAAGCCAAAUGGGUUAAGGAGAUGGACAAGUUCGAGUGCCUAGUCCAGGCGCACGAAUACGAACAGAAAACCUUUGGCAAAAAAGAUCUCAGCGAGUUUCAGGGCCUUUUAGCGAAGAUUCAUUCCAAUGAAGCAACGCAGUGGGCGGAAUCUUUGUACCGUGAAAGGGAAGACCACCUCGCCAGACGAGAAAAGCGAUUGCCCAUCAUUUUCAUUGCCGGGGAUCCAGUGGCCAGCGACAAGAUCGCUAGCCACGUCUCAAGAGAGCUUUCACUUCCUCAUAUAUCUAUGAACAAAAGGCUCCACGAAAAGGCGCACGAUGUCGAAUAUCGCCAUCACGGAAUCAUCAAGAAUUGUCUCGAUAAGGAAUUUGACGUUCCGGCUAGUCUGGUUGUUGAAGUGCUCGAGAAUGAGAUCACAGCCAUAGAUGGACAAUCAUGGGGCAUUAUCUCCGGAUUUCCGAAUGACACAGAGCAGCUGGCAGAGUUUGAAAAGAAGGUUCAAAACUCCAAUUGUACCUUUUACGUGGAAUACCCUCCCCACACUGAUGAUCAAAGGCAAAAGUCUUCAAUAUUGGGGAAAGCAAAGAAUACGUGGGGGCCUUCGCCUGCUCACUUCAAGAAUGUUUUGGAGAGUUCAGCCGCGCAUUUUGAAGUGAUUGGUUCUACCGUCGACCAGCCGACAAUGUCCGAGAUGGACCUUUGCGGGCUGGCAGUAAAUUCGAUCAAGGCUUUCAUCACAGUUGGAGUUGAAAAAAAAGUAUCUUAA